CCAUCUUCUGCUUUUGGUCUCCGCAAUCUCCUGCAGACCCACCACUCUUUCUUUCUCUCUAUCUCUCUCCUCAUCUCUAUCUUCCUCGGAUAUUUUAUUUUUGUACAAAAACCUCUUACCACCACCAUUUUACCCAACAACCAUUAACAAGAAAAAGAAAUCUUGCAUUUUCUUUUUGGGUUUUGUAAUUGUAAAGCCUCUCAAUUCAAUACAAUCAAUAAUAAUAAUAAUAAUAAUGGCUACAACAAUUACAAGCACAAACCCAAAAUGCAAGGCAUGUGAUAAAACUGUUUAUCUUGUUGAUAAGCUCACCGCCGACAAUAAGGUCUUCCACAAAGCUUGUUUCCGUUGCCACCAUUGCAAAGGCACUCUUAAGCUUAGCAACUACAACUCCUUUGAAGGUGUUUUGUACUGCAGGCCGCACUUCGACCAGCUCUAUAAGCAAACUGGCAGCUUAGACAAAAGCUUUGAUGGUACACCUAAAACAAAACCAGAAAGACAUGUUGAUAGUGAGAAACCUCCAAGCAAAAUCUCUUCCAUGUUUGGUGGAACCAGAGAUAAAUGUGCAGGAUGCUCCAAGACGGCUUAUCCAACUGAAAAGGUAACGGUGAAUGGCAGUGCGUACCAUAAGAGCUGCUUCAAGUGCUAUCAAGGAGGAUGCACAAUCAGCCCUUCUAAUUACAUCGGCCACGAGGGAAGGCUGUACUGCAAGCACCACCAUGCUCAGCUCAUUAAGGAGAAGGGUAACCUCAGCCAGCUUGAGGGUGACCUGGAGAACUCAUCAAAAGUCACAGAAGUUGUUGCAGAGUCAUAACAGCAGUCAGCAGUACUCUGUGUUCCCUUCAUGUAUCUUUCAGAUACGAGGCAUCGAUUUUUACGCAGUCUACAUUGGCUUUUUGCAGCAAUAAGAGAGAUCGAAACCUUCAAAUUUACAGUUCUUUAUGGUUGUAGGGUUUUAUGGAUUUGUUGAGCUGUGUUUUGAUGUUGUGGCAUGCAAUACAAUGGUAAAAUGGCAAUGUGCAAUUCAAGUCAAGUUUCCAUAUCAA